AUGCAAAUCCUACACGGCGCAUACGGCUCCGUCAUCAGUCACAGCCGAUCAGACCCCCUAUGGAGUAAGUACGGUCUCAACCGAUCCGAGGAGUUCAAGUACUUCCAGGAGCCCGGGAAUGAUCACAUUCUGGCCCAUUACGAUUCGCGAUACUUUCGCCACCCGGUGUCAGAGGAGGAACGGGCUAAGACGUUGACCCAAAUUAUCCAUGCGUACUUCGACUAUUUUCGGGAAAAUGAUUUGGAGACUUGGUUGGCGCAUGGGACCUUGCUGGGUUGGUGGUGGAAUGGACGGAUUAUGCCAUGGGAUUGGGACAUCGACACCCAAGUAUCCGAAGCCACGCUCUUCCGGCUCGCCGACGAAUUCAAUAAUACAAUCGUCCGAAUCCCCACGAGCGACCCAAAUGUUCAACAGUCGUAUCUUCUGGACGUUAACCCGUGGGCUCGACAGCGCGAUCACCACGAGGGCCUGAACAUCAUUGACGCCCGCUGGAUCGAUAUGCAAACGGGUCUCUAUAUCGACAUCACUGGGCUGAGCAAGUUAGACCCGGAGAAGCACCCGAAUCAGUUGCAGUGUAAGCACGACCAUAAGUACCAAAUCAACGAUAUCUAUCCGCUGCGCAUGACGAGCUUUGAGGGGGUCGCUGCAAAGGUCCCGUUUCGGUAUGAAGCGGUCUUAACCGAUGAGUAUCAGGAAACAGCGUUAACAAACAUGCAUUAUAAUGAUCAUACGUGGAUUCCAGAACUCGAGGAAUGGGUUUCCGAUCAGGAGUUGGAAGAGCUGGCGAAGGACAAGGCCAACGGGGGAAUUGACGGCUUCGUCCAGGAAGAUACUGAUGGGGAGAAUCUCGAUGACGAUGACCGACAGUAUGAGUAGAUCUUGCUAUCUACUGUUAGUCUUGUAUAACUAUUUGCGGAUCUAGAUCGCCUCUGCAUUUCUGUAUGAUAUAGGAGUUGAAUCUGGUGGAGUGAGGAGUUGGAUAUUAUUGCAUAUUGUUUUUUCCCAAGUUAUCUC